GGAGGGGCGGCCGCGGGGCCGCCGCUGCCGCCGCCACCAGGGAGGAUCCGCCCUGGGGCUGCUCCAAGAUGCACAGGACCACCCGGAUAAAGAUCACGGAGCUGAACCCCCACCUGAUGUGCGCCCUGUGCGGCGGCUACUUCAUCGACGCCACCACCAUCGUGGAGUGUCUGCACUCCUUCUGCAAAACCUGCAUCGUCCGCUACCUGGAGACCAACAAGUACUGCCCCAUGUGCGACGUGCAGGUGCACAAAACCCGGCCCCUGCUCAGCAUCAGGUCGGACAAAACCCUCCAGGACAUUGUGUACAAGCUGGUGCCGGGGCUUUUCAAAGAUGAGAUGAAGAGACGGCGCGACUUCUACGCCGCGUACCCGGUGGCCGAGGUUCCGAACGGCUCCGGGGAGGAGCGCGGGGAGGUGUUGGAGCAGGAGCAGGAGCAGGAGCAGGAGCAGGAGCAGGAGCAGGGGCCACUGCCGGACGAGGGGAUCGUCAGCCUGUCCAUCGAGUUCCACCCGGGCUCCAGGGAGGACCAGAAAGGCCCUGUGGAGAACGGGGACCUGGACAGGGACAAGAGCCCCGGGCUGCGGUUCCUGCGCUGCCCCGCGGCCAUGACCGUGAUGCACCUGGCCAAGUUCCUGCGCAACAAGAUGGAUGUGCCCAGCAAGUACAAGGUGGAGGUGCUGUACGAGGACGAGCCCCUGAAGGAAUAUUACACCCUGAUGGACAUCGCCUACAUCUACCCCUGGAGGAGGAGCGGUCCCCUGGCACUCAAGUACCGCGUCCAGCCCGCCUGCAAGCGCCUCAAGCUGUGCCCGGCGGUGCCCUCCGAGGGCACCAACACGAGCGGCGCGUCCGAGUGCGAGUCCGGCAGCGACAAAGCGCAGAGCCCCGGGCUGGCCGUGCCCGCCGCCGCCGUGCCCAGCCCGGCCCUGCCCAGCCCCGCCGCCCCCGGGCACGGCUCGCCCGGCCCCGCACUCAACGGCUCGGCCUCGAACUGUCACCCGCUGCCACCCCGGCCGGGGCCGCAAAGCGACUCUGAACGGCAGCGCCGGCUCGGCCCUGACCUAAAAACCUCCGGGGAUUCCCAAAAGAAACCCUCCAGGGACCGCUCGAAUCCCUCCAGGCACUCCUGAAAUCCCUCCAGGGAUUCCUGAAAAUCCUCGAGAGAGACCGCUACAAUCCCUCCAGGGACUCCUGAAAUCCCUCCAGGGAUUCCUAAAAACUCUCCGGGGGUUCCU